GCUGACGUUUAUUAAGGUGCUGUUAUUUUUAGAUUUAGAAUUAUUCCGUUAUAUUUUAGUGUUGGCGUUGUUAAAACUUCUCUGAAAUGUCUCGACACACGAGAAUGGAAAGAAUGAUUUCAUCAAGAGUGGGCGACGAUGUGUUCCAAGGAUGUGGUAAGCAAGUUUGGAAAAUCACAACUACAUAAGCGCAGUUGAUGUGGAUGAUCAACCCUCUUACAGGACGUAGUUCUUCGAGCCGGCCGUGCUCCCAGGCUUCCUCCAUCUCGACCCUCAUCGACAUAAGAUCCAGCGAGGGAAGCGUCUUAGACGACAAAGGGUCUUCGGAAGACGACAUGGACGUCGUAGGUGGAACGCCGGACAUUUUGACCGAAGAACCUUUGGCCAGACCUGAAAGCAGACGACAGGACUCUACCAUGGAGCAGAGCGGGAAGAAAGUCCAAGAGUGGUUCGACAAGUCGUUCAGCCACGUAAAAUUAACCAGUCAGAUUGCUAAGGAUCAGGAGUCAGGACAGCGGUUGGACACUCCGUACUCCCCAGAAAUGGUGAAACAAUAUAAACUCGACUGUAACUACAGCCAGGACGAUCCUUUCACGGUGCGUAAGUACUUGCCCGACCAAGGUCAAGAGGAAGAGACUGAAAAAUAUACCGCAGAACUUUUCCAAGAAAAGGACACGUUUUAUUCAAACAUGGAGAAAAAAGUUGUUAAGAGUAAUUUUACUGAGGCAAGAGAAAUUAUAAAAUCCUUAAAUUCAAUGGACAAUAAAAAAUUCACUGAGGAAAUUGUCAAAAAAGAGCAAAAAAGACGGGUCACCAAGGGGAAAAAAAUAUCUAAAGACAAGAAAAAGGGUAAAGGAAAGGCAGCAAAUAAAGUCAAAGAGGAUAAUGAUGAAAUUGUCAGCAGUCCAAAAAUCCAACAGCAUGAUUUCUCAGGGAAUCCAAUUAUUUUGAACCAGGAGGAAAAUCAUAGAUAUAAAAGUUUGUUAGGUGAACUCAAUACUUUUAUGAAGUCCAACAAAAAUGCCAUGGUGGGGAAAAGACAAACCUUAAACUUAAAGCCAGUUAAUAUCAACAUGGAAGAAUUCGAAGAUUGGCUUGACGAAGUUGAUAACGGGAAUUACAAUAAGAACGAGGUCUCUGAGAGGUACCAAAUCAAAGAAGAAAUCUUCCCAGGUGUUUUUGAAUUGCCCACAAACGAGAAGACUGUAACGAAUGCAAAAACUGUAAAGAAGAAGAGGCGUCCUCUUAAGAAAUCUGUUGAGAAGAAGAAUAACUCUGAAGAAAAAAUAACUCCAGAAUAUUCCGAUAUGCCAUAUUUGAAACAAGCCUGGGAAUGUGAUAAAUCCGAGACGAAGAAGAACACUUACGCCUUUGAAAUGCCGAUCGAAGUUUUGGAUGAAGAAGUGCUAAAUUCAUGGCGCUCCACGCCAUAUUUUCAUAAAGAAAGGGAGGAAAAGGUGAUUAGGGUCGUACCUGAGAAAAAGCCUGACUGUGACGAAAUGGAUGUUCUGAUCGACAUCGAGUAAAUAAUAAAAUAAAAUAGGUCUCGCGUGAAAA